UCGCCGCGCCGUGCACGACUGUUUUCUCAUCGCGGAGUUAUUUUUUUCAAUUUUCCAUAAAAUUCCAACUUUGAAAAUGCUCUCCGUUUCGCGCAAACUUGCGGACACGGUUUCGCGGCAGGUUCUGCACUCCCGUGCCCUGCUGCUGGUGGGUGGUGGCCGCGCUGGGUUGGUCGAGCGGAGGAGCUUUGCCAGCAAGAAGAAAUUUAGCAUCCAGGAUGAGAUAAUUGACGGCAGGCCGCUGUAUUUGGACGCCCAGGCCACAACUUCGAUGGAUCCACGCGUUUUGGACGCAAUGAUGCCUUAUUUCACGUGCUAUUACGGAAAUCCGCACUCGCGGACGCACGCCUACGGUUGGGAAUCUGAAGAAGCGAUGGAAAAGGCACGCUCUCAGGUGGCCAACCUGAUUGGGGCCGACCCGAAGGAAAUUAUCUUUACAUCUGGUGCCACCGAGUCCAAUAACAUCUCGGUGAAGGGCGUUGGACGGUUCUACGGAGCUAAGAAGAAGCACGUCAUUACAACCCAAACGGAGCAUAAGUGCGUGCUGGACUCUUGCCGUGCCCUCGAGGGUGAAGGCUUUCGCGUGACCUAUUUGCCGGUGCAAACCAACGGACUCAUCAGCAUGGAAGAGCUGGACAAGGCCAUCACGCCGGAAACGUCCCUCGUUUCGAUAAUGACGGUGAACAACGAGAUAGGGGUGAUGCAACCGAUCGCGGAUAUUGGAAAACUGUGCAAAUCCAAGAAGGUUUUCUUCCACACGGACGCAGCUCAAGCGGUCGGCAAGGUUCCCAUCGACGUGAACAAAAUGAACAUUGAUCUGAUGUCCAUCUCCGGUCACAAACUGUACGGCCCAAAAGGUGUCGGAGCCCUGUACGUACGACGACGACCGCGAGUCCGCGUUGAAGCGAUCCAGAGCGGAGGCGGCCAAGAGCGUGGCAUCCGCAGUGGAACCGUCCCCACUCCACUGGCCGUCGGACUCGGAGCCGCCUGCGAAAUUGCCUCCCGCGAGAUGGAGUACGACCACAAGUGGAUGGAGUUCCUCUCGAAACGCCUCAUGGACAAGAUCUUUGCCGCCCUCCCGCAGGUGAUCCGCAACGGCGAUCCCGUUCACUCCUAUCCCGGUUGCAUCAAUCUCUCGUUCGCGUACGUCGAGGGGGAAUCGCUGCUGAUGGCUUUGAAAGACGUGGCCCUAUCGAGCGGAUCCGCGUGCACCUCCGCCUCGCUCGAGCCCUCGUACGUACUGCGAGCGAUCGGCGCCGAUGAAGAUCUAGCGCACAGCUCGAUCCGCUUCGGAAUCGGACGAUUCACCACCAUCGAGGAGGUCGACUACACCGUGGAUAAGUGUAUAAAGCACGUGACGCGGCUGCGCGAAAUGUCCCCGCUCUGGGAGAUGGUCCAGGAGGGAAUCGACAUCAAGUCGAUCCAGUGGUCGCAGCAUUAACCAGGAGGAUGACGAGGACAAUACGAUAAGAAUUAUGGUUUAGUAUUUCGUGGAUCGAACUGAGCCGUUGAGAAGGGGGAAAAACUUUUGUUCGAAAGUUCAUGUUUCAUGAUUUGUGUCCCGCUUUGAAGGCAGCAGCACCGUUGGCAAUAAAUUGUAGUUGUUAGAUUGUAA